GCAACUGAACAGUAGCGAGAAAAGCCAUUUUGUUAUGCUAGCUGGCUAAGUGGCUAAAGCCACUGCUCCUGUAGAUCUGUGGCACAAUGUUGUUUUUAUUGUUUAGUUUGCAUUCACACUCCAUAACAAACAUGGAUACCGGACGACGCCUGUCUCUGUUUUAACAUGGGGACGUGCUUGUGAACAUUAGCCUUCAAGUGCUAAAAAAGAAGAAGAUAAUAACUGCUAGCUAUAUGCGGCUAGCUUGAAGCUGACACAUCGUUAGCGUGAUAGCUUUCUACUAAAAUGGUCUCUCUUAGAUAUUAGGGUGUUAUUUUGUAUCUUAUAAGUUGGAAUCUGCUUCUGGGUGCGUUUCUACUCGGAAUUCAUUAUUUUCUUUUAAUUCAGUUAGGUAGUAAUUCAGCAGUGACUGGCCAUCAAAACACUGCAGCAACACUACUCGCCGAACUAACUCCACCUGAGUUUGUUUCAAGAUCAGUUCAUUUCAUUUUGUGAUAUGAUGGCAGAGGAUAUCCGACAGGACAAGAAGGGUAACUUCUCUGCCCUGAUGGAGCACAACAGCAACGGAGUGACUAGGUCCUCUGCUCUGGCUGCAAGUAAGACUGGCGCCUCAAAGAAGUUGGUCAUCAAAAACUUCAAAGACAAGCCCAAGCUGUCUGAGAACUACACAGAGGAUACUUGGCUAAAGCUUUGCGAUGCAGUGGGCGCAAUCCAGAACAGCACCUCCAUUAAAUACAACCUGGAGGAGCUAUACCAGGCGGUAGAGAACCUCUGCUCCUAUAAGGUGUCCCCUACUCUGUACAGACAGCUGCGGCAGCUCUGUGAAGACCACGUACAGGCCCAGAUCCAACAGUUCAGAGAAGAGUCUGUGGACAGCCUGUCCUUCCUGAAGAGGAUGAACCGUUGCUGGCAGGACCACUGCAGGCAAACGAUUAUGAUCCGUAGUAUUUUCCUGUUUCUGGACCGAACAUACGUCCUUCAGAAUUCCCUGCUUCCCUCUAUCUGGGACACAGGUCUGGAGUUGUUCCGUACCCACAUUGUGAGCGAUAGCGGGGUCCAAAAGCGCACCGUGGACGGCAUCCUGGAGCAGAUUGAGCUGGAGCGGAGCGGGGAGACGGUGGACCGGAGCCUGCUGCGCAGUCUGCUGGGCAUGCUGUCCGACCUGCAGGUCUAUAAGGAGUCGUUUGAGGAGAGGUUCCUUGUGGAGACCAACCGCCUGUAUGCAGCCGAGGGCCAGAGGCUGAUGCAGGAGAGAGAUGUCCCUGAAUACCUGCAUCAUGUGGCUCGUCGGCUGGAAGAGGAAAACGAUCGAGUGAUCAGCUACCUCGACCAGAGCACUCAAAAACCGCUUGUCUACUGUGUGGAGAAACAACUGCUAGGCGAACACAUGACCUCUAUCCUCCAGAAGGGUCUGACCGUUCUACUGGAUGAGAACAGGGUGACAGAGUUGACCCUCCUCUACCAGCUCUUCAGUAAAGUCAAGGGAGGCUUACACACACUGCUGCAGUUCUGGAGGGACUACAUCAAGGCGUUCGGAGGGGAGAUUGUAGGGACGCCAGAGAAGGACAAGGAUAUGGUGCAGGAGCUCCUGGACUACAAGGACAAAAUGGACAACGUAGUGCACACCUGCUUCGCCCGCAACGAGAGCUUCAUCAACGCCAUGAAGGAGGCCUUCGAGGCUUUCAUCAACAAGAGACCCAAUAAGCCGGCAGAACUCAUAGCGAAGUACGUGGACUCUAAGUUGCGUGCCGGAAACAAGGAAGCUACGGAGGAGGAGCUGGAAAGGAUCCUGGACAAGAUCAUGAUUAUCUUCCGCUUUAUACAUGGAAAGGAUGUGUUUGAGGCCUUCUAUAAGAAGGACCUGGCCAAGCGUCUGCUGGUGGGGAAGAGUGCUUCUGUAGACGCAGAGAAGUCCAUGCUGUCUAAACUGAAACACGAAUGCGGUGCAGCCUUCACCAGUAAACUAGAGGGAAUGUUCAAAGACAUGGAGCUGUCCAAAGAUAUCAUGAUCCACUUCAAACAGUAUACCCAGAACCAGAGUGGCCCCAGCAACAUCGAGCUGACGGUGAACAUUCUGACCAUGGGCUACUGGCCCUCCUACAUUCCCAUGGAAGUCCACCUGCCCGCCGAGAUGGUGAAGCUGCAGGAGGUGUUCAAGGUCUUCUACUUGGGGAAACACAGUGGAAGGAAGCUCCAGUGGCAGCCCACUCUGGGCCAUGCCGUCCUGAAGACCGAGUUUAAAGAGGGGAAGAAGGAGCUGCAGGUGUCUCUCUUCCAGACCCUGGUGCUGCUGAUGUUCAACGAGGGGGAGGAGUUCAGCGUGGAGGAGAUCCGCACCGCCACUGGGAUAGAGGAGGGGGAGCUGAAGCGUACGCUCCAGUCGCUGGCAUGCGGAAAGGCCCGUGUCCUCAACAAGAACCCCCGGGGGAAGGACGUGGAGGACGGAGACCGCUUCAACUUCAACAAGGACUUCAAACACAAGCUGUUCCGCAUCAAGAUCAACCAGAUCCAAAUGAAAGAAACGGUGGAAGAGCAGGUGAGUACAACAGAGCGAGUGUUCCAGGACCGGCAGUACCAGAUCGACGCAGCCGUUGUGCGCAUCAUGAAGAUGAGGAAGACUCUGAGCCACAACCUGCUAGUGUCGGAGCUUUACAACCAGCUCAAGUUCCCUGUCAAGCCUGGGGACCUGAAGAAGAGGAUCGAGUCCCUGAUAGACAGAGACUAUAUGGAGCGUGACAAGGACACGCCCACCCAGUACCACUAUGUCGCCUGAUGGGGGGGAGGGAGGGAGGGAGGGUGGGGGGGGCUUGUAUUACUGAAAGACCCUUUUUGGCUCGUUAUGUUUGACGAUCCCCAGAUCACCUCACAUACUUCCGGACACAAACGGAUAAACUCUGGACGGGAUGGGUCCAAGCCGGCUGGAAGUUCUGUCCCUGAUUGGCCGGAUCAUUGACUCACUUUUAAACUGAAGAUAAACAAGCACUUUGGCGUGAUGUUUCCGUUUUGUUUUUUUUCUCUGGGUGAAGUUCAUGCAUCCUUGUCUGACUACAGUCACGGAGAAGGAGAGACCCAGGAGACGAUUUCUGGUGUAUGUUGUUUUUAGAAUGCCUUCUUCUUGCGGAUGCUUGUUAUGUUAUUUCUGGGGAUUCAGUCAGAUCGUCUUCAGAAAAGCGCCCUGCUGGAGCCCUGUGGCGUGGAGAGACCACUAUCAGAGCUGGGUGGCGGAGAUGAGUUGAUAUGGGGUCUGGGAGUAGAGAUGGGAGAUAAGGGUGGAGGUUGGGGAGGGCCAGAGAGAGAGAGGGAGGUGGGUUUCUAAUCUGAGGCACCAGCCAGACAACCAACUGCAGGAGAGAAACACGUUUCCAGAAAAAUGUCCAGUAGGUUGAAGACAAGAGUUUUUGUAGAUCAGAUUGUAUUCUUUGUAAGCGUGGGAAAAGUUAACCUGAAUAAAUGGUUAUUUAAUGAAUGAA